AUGGCGGCCGGCCCCUGUCGGCGGAGAGACAAGGUGCAGGCGACUGGUGGGCCUCCGUGGGACUUCCGGCGAGCGGCGGCCGGAGGCGGGGCCGAUGGGGAGCUUGGGGCGGCGCAGUUCCCGGCGAGGCGCUACAGGAGGAGGUGCGGGCAGCAGGGAGCUGGCGGCGGCUCGGCCGAACGGCGGCAGCGUGCUGAUGGGCCUGCCCGGGCUGGAAGGUUGGAAAAUGUGGUUGGCUGGUACCACUCACAUCCUGGUUUUGGAUGCUGGCUGUCAGGCAUUGAUGUUUCAACUCAGAUGCUUAAUCAGCAGUUUCAAGAACCAUUCUUGGCUGUUGUGAUAGACCCUACAAGGACUGUUUUUGCUGGUAGAGUGGACAUUGGAGCUUUUAGGACAUAUCCAAAAGAUUACAAGCCACCGGAUGAGCCUGUGUCUGAGUAUCAGACCAUACCACUCAACAAGAUAGAAGAUUUUGGUGUUCACUGCAAACAGUACUAUUCUUUGGAUAUAACCUAUUUCAAGUCAUCCCUGGACUCUCACCUCCUUGAUCUACUCUGGAACAAGUACUGGGUCAACACAUUGUCUUCGUCACCACUUCUGGGUAACAGGGAUUAUGUCGCUGGACAAAUCUUUGAUUUAGCUGACAAACUAGAGCAAGCUGAAGGGCAACUGGCACACAGUCGAUUUGGCAUGCUUAUGCCAUCACAGCGAAAGAAAGAGGUCAGUUUCUGUGUUCAUGCCCUUUAAACUUGGUUAUCCUCA